UUUUUUUUUGAUCAACUCCUUCUCUUUCUCUCUUUGUCUUAGCUUUAGCUCUUGCUCUUUUUUAAUUUACCUAUUAUAACUGCAUCUGUUAUCUCCUUUCAACCACAGGGAAAAAAAGCGCUUAUUCACUUAGUCGCCUUUUCUUCUUCUUUCCCCGUGUAUUUGAUUGUACAAUUGGGAUCUUUUUUACCUUGCCCUUCGGCUUUUACGUUUUUAUGCUUUUUGCUUUGUUGCCUUGUUACCUUGACCCUUAAUUGCCCAUUGUCCUUCUUUUCUCAAUUAAAUUGAAGGGUACGCUCUUUUUCUUGCGCACUCUCCCUGACCGAACAAUAAGAAUUCAACCAUCUUUUUGUCCCCACCAUCAACACCGCCGAUAACCAUGACAAUCACACUCUUAGAUACCAUGCAUGCACAAGAUAUCAGUCUUACUACCACUAACAUUUCCUCUACCUCCACCUCCACCUCCACUAUCACCAUUCCUACUGCUACUAAUCCUACCCUUUCAACAACCACCACCGCCAUCACCUCGGACAAUCCCCCUCACAACACCAACACCAUCGAUAAAAUUAAAAGCAGUAAUAACAGUAACAGUGAUCAACCCAACAACAGGAAUCCAUUAGCUUUUAAUAGCAUCCAUAUCCAAACAUCAGGUUAUGAAGGGAAAGCAGGAGCUACAACAGCAGUAACAACAAUGACAACAACAGCAAUGAAAACAUCAACAUCAACAUCAACAUCAACAACACCAGUAAUACCAACAACAUCAACACCAACAACAACAGGACAGACUGCAAUAGAGACAGGCAAUCUUCCUUCACCUGUUUCCCCUACUCAGUCCAGUUGUUCCAAACUUGAUCUUCUCCUUCAGAUCCUGGAUCAUCUGGAUUGUUACUACAACAAAACUGUUUGCAACGCCAAUAACAACAUCAACAACGACCAUCACAAUCACAUUCACAAUCAUAAUAAUCAUUAUCAUCAUCAUCAUCACCAUCAUCAUCAUAGUCAAGCCUCUUCUUCUUCUUCUUCUUCUUCUUCUUCUUCUUCUUCUUCUUCUUCUUCUUCUUCUUCUUCUUCUUCUUCUUCUUCUUCUUCUUCUUGCGCUGCUCAUCCGUUAUCACAAGGACAGCGAGCCUAUCUUUCUCAAGAGUUAGAUCAUCUCAAAGCUCUCUAUGCGGAGGUUCAACAGACGUCCACAGCUGUCCAUACAUCCAUUCAACAAUAUCAGUAUCUCGUCCUCGAGACCCAUGCUCAAGUCACGGCCCUAAAACAGAUCCUUACCCAGGCCCGUAGUAGAACCUUGUCCUCCUCCUCGUCCUCCUCGUUAUCUUCGUCCUCUUCGUCCUCUUCUUUUUCUUCUUCUUCUGCUUCUUCUUUGACUACCCUGCCUGGGUCUUGUAUAGGUUUUAACCCUUCUUCAAGCAUUGGCCAAAACGAAGGCGUCAAUGUGAAUACCAGCAAUACGGGCUAUAACAAUAGUGGCCGCAAAGUUGGUGGUGGCAACGGGAGCGGGGUUAGAAGUGAUAAUGGAGGGGAUGGUCGUAUUGGUGGUACAGGAGGUCUUGGUACUGAUGGUGGACAAAAUAAUGUAUAUGAGUCUGAAACAUCUUCCAGAUCUGCAUCUCCACCAGGAUCGCCUAUGAGUGAUAUCUCUUCCAGUUCUAGAACCCGCUCUGAUUCUUUAAAUAAUAACGUUCUCAAUAUCAACUCGCUUUGUGCCCCUCCUAUGAGAACGAUCGGAUCUUCAGACGGAAUUAAGAGAAGAGAUCAUCAUGGUGAUGGUGUUGGUCGUGGUGAUGAACAUCAUGAUGCAGAUAAAAAUGGGACAGGAGAGCAAGGAGGCUCAAGAUCGGCAACAGGAGCAGGAACAGGAGCAGGAGCAGGAGCAGGAGCAGGAGCAGGAGCAGGAGCAGGAGCAAGAGGAGGAGGAAUAGGAGGAGGAAGAGGAAGAGGGGGAGAAAAAUCAGCAGGGUUGAUCGAAAUUAAGUUUGCCACAGCAGCAACGCCAACAACACCAACACUAACACCAACACUAACACCAACACCAACACCAACACCAACGACAACGACAACGACAACGACAACGACAACGACAGAAAAAGAAGAUGAAGAGGCAAGACUGAAACGAUUAAGACAACAACAUGCAGAACUCGGAAGUAAACUCUCUCAAGUCUUGACGGACAAGGCCAGUGCAGAGGCGACGAAGAAGAAACUGAUCGACGGAUUACAGAAGGCCAGAGCGCGCAUCAAAGAUCUGGAACGCAAGUUGAGCGAACAAUAAUA